ACUGCCUCGCCUGCGGACCCUCGCGGAGCUUUGUGCGCCGGCGCCAGUUCCUGCGGCCGGGUCGCCUGCCUGGGACGCUUUUGACCUGAGGACCAUGAACCGCAGCCGCCAGGUGACGUGCGUGGCCUGGGUCCGCCGCGGCGUGGCCAAAGAGACGCCAGACAAGGUAGAGCUAAGUAAAGAGGAAGUAAAACGUCUCAUUGCUGAAGCAAAGGAGAAGUUACAAGAAGAAGGUGGUAGUGAGGAAGAGGAGGCAGGCAGUCCUUCAGAAGAUGGCAUGCAGAGUGCCCGCACCCAGGCACGGCCAAGGGAGCCCCUGGAGGACGGUGACCCAGAGGAUGACCGAACCCUAGAGGAUGAUGAGCUAGCUGAGUACGGCCUGGACAAAUACGAUGACGAGGACAGCCCAGAUGCUGAGACUCUUGGUGAAUCUCUCUUGGGUCUUACGGUCUACGGGAGUAAUGAUCAAGAUCCAUAUGUUACUCUGAAGGAUACGGAGCAAUAUGAACGAGACGAUUUCUUGAUUAAGCCCAGUGACAAUCUCAUCAUUUGUGGCCGAGCUGAACAGGAACAGUGCAACUUAGAGGUCCACGUUUAUAAUCAAGACGAAGAGUCAUUUUAUGUGCACCACGAUAUACUCUUGUCUGCAUAUCCUCUGAGUGUGGAGUGGCUGAAUUUUGAUCCUAGCCCAGAUGCAUCUACUGGAAAUUACAUUGCUGUGGGCAACAUGACCCCUGUUAUUGAGGUGUGGGACUUGGAUAUAGUGGAUUCUUUGGAGCCAGUCUUCACACUUGGAAAUAAGCUUUCCAAAAAGAAGAAAAAAAAAGGAAAAAAGAGUUCCUCAGCAGAAGGGCAUACUGAUGCUGUCCUUGACCUUUCAUGGAAUAAGACAGUCAGAAAUGUGCUGGCAAGUGCAUCAGCCGAUAACACUGUGAUCCUUUGGGACAUGUCCGUGGGGAAAUCAGCAGCGCGGCUUGCCAUACAGACAGACAAGGUCCAGACUCUGCAGUUUCAUCCAUUUGAAGCACAAACUCUCAUUUCUGGGUCAUAUGAUAAGUCAGUGGCUCUGUAUGACUGCCGAAAUCCAGACAAAAACCACCGCAUGUGGCGAUUCAGUGGGCAGAUUGAGAGAGUGACGUGGAACCACUUUUCACCUUGUCAUUUUUUGGCCAGUACAGAUGACGGCUUUGUAUAUAAUCUGGAUGCACGUUCAGAUAAGCCAAUUUUUACACUUAAUGCACACAAUGAUGAAAUUUCUGGUCUUGAGCUGAGCAGUCAGAUCAAGGGCUGCCUUGUGACUGCAUCAGCAGACAAGUAUGUGAAGAUCUGGGACAUCCUAGGAGACAGGCCGAGUCUCAUUCAUUCGAGAGACAUGAAGAUGGGAGUUCUCUUCUGUUCUUCCUGUUGUCCUGAUUUGCCCUUUAUUUAUGCCUUUGGAGGUCAGAAAGAAGGGCUUCGGGUUUGGGACAUAAGCACUGUUGCUUCAGUAAAUGAAGCAUUUGGAAGACGCGAGAGGCUCGUUCUUGGCAGCACAAGAAGCUCAUCUGUUAGCGGCCCUUAUGGGAGUCCACAGACACCAAUGGAGUCCUGAUGGAGGUUGUGAUGUCCUGGCGAGCUCACUGUAACCAUUUCAGAAGGCUGGCUAAAAAUGUUCUAUGUGUACCCAUAGCCAGUGAUGGAAACAAAACUCAUCUUCUGCUGCCUGACAUUCCCCUCUGCAGCUUUUGGUGGCAGGCCAGAGCCCCGUGUUGGGUGCUAUAGAGAGUUGUUGCAUUUCUUCAAAAUGAUAGUAAAAAGGUUUUUUGGGUUGUUUUUUUUUUUUGGUCUUUUUGAGACAAGGUCUCCCUACAGCCCUAUCUGGCCUAGAAUUCACUAUGUAGACCAGGCUGGCCUUGAA